GGGCUUCAGUCCUGGGACCUGGGGAACACUACUCUGCUCCAUGAGAGAACCGAACCCCAGUGUUCUCCUCCCACUCCAGGCGAGACACCCCUGGCCUUGGCAGCGUGUACCAACCAGCCCGAGAUCGUGCAGCUGCUGAUGGAGAACGAGCUGACAGACAUCACCUCGCAGGACUCCCGGGGCAACAACAUCCUCCACGCCCUGGUGACCGUGGCCGAAGACUUCAAGACACAGAACGACUUCGUCAAGCGCAUGUAUGACAUGAUCUUGCUGAGGAGUGGAAACUGGGAGCUGGAGACCAUGCGCAACAAUGACGGCCUCACCCCGCUGCAGCUGGCCGCCAAGAUGGGCAAGGCCGAGAUCCUGAAGUACAUCCUCGGUCGUGAGAUCAAGGAGAAGCCACUCCGGAGCUUGUCCAGGAAGUUCACCGACUGGGCAUAUGGGCCCGUUUCAUCCUCGCUCUACGACCUCACCAACGUAGAUACCACAACCGACAACUCGGUGCUGGAAAUCAUUGUCUACAAUACCAACAUUGACAACCGGCACGAGAUGCUGACCCUGGAGCCCCUGCACACGCUGCUGCGUAUCAAGUGGAAGAAGUUUGCCAAGUACAUGUUCUUCCUGUCCUUCUUCUUUUACUUCUUCUACAACAUCACGCUGACGCUCAUCUCCUACUACCGACCCCGGGAGGAGGAGGCCCUGCCACACCCCUUGGCCCUGACGCACAAGAUGGGGUGGCUGCAGCUCCUGGGAAGGAUGUUCGUGCUCAUCUGGGCCAUGUGCAUCGCAGUGAAGGAGGGCAUCGCGAUCUUCCUGCUGAGACCCUCAGAUCUGCAGUCCAUCCUCUCCGAUGCCUGGUUUCACUUUGUCUUUUUUGUCCAAGCUGUGCUUGUGAUACUGUCUGUCUUCUUGUACUUGUUUGCCUACAAAGAGUACCUCGCCUGCCUGGUGCUGGCCAUGGCCCUGGGCUGGGCGAACAUGCUCUACUACACGCGGGGGUUCCAGUCCAUGGGCAUGUACAGCGUCAUGAUCCAGAAGGUCAUUUUGCAUGAUGUUCUGAAGUUCUUGUUUGUAUAUAUCGUGUUCUUACUUGGAUUCGGAGUAGCCCUGGCCUCGCUGAUUGAGAAGUGUCCCGAGGACAACAAGGAGUGCAGCUCCUACGGCAGCUUCAGCGACGCAGUGCUGGAACUCUUCAAACUCACCAUCGGCUUGGGCGACCUGAACAUCCAGCAGAACUCCAAGUACCCCAUCCUCUUCCUGUUCCUGCUCAUCACCUAUGUCAUCCUCACCUUCGUCCUCCUCCUCAACAUGCUCAUCGCCCUCAUGGGGGAGACCGUGGAGAACGUCUCCAAGGAGAGCGAGCGCAUCUGGCGCCUGCAGAGAGCCAGGACGAUCUUGGAGUUUGAGAAGAUGUUGCCGGAAUGGCUGCGGAGCAGGUUCCGGACGGGAGAGCUGUGUAAAGUGGCAGAGGAAGAUUUCCGGCUGUGUCUGCGGAUCAACGAAGUGAAGUGGACUGAAUGGAAAACACACGUUUCCUUCCUCAAUGAAGAUCCCGGGUCCGUGAGACGGGCAGAUUUCAACAAAAUCCAAGAUUCUUCCAGGAGCAACAGCAAAACCACCCUCAAUGCGUUCGAAGAAAUAGAGGAGUUUCCGGAAACUUCCGUGUAGCAGCAGAAUCCGGAGCUGGUGUGCGCAUGGGCGCUGCAGGCUGGCCGGGGACUGCGAGCUGAGGGCUUGGCCUGGUGAUGGAGCCUGGCUCUUCCCACCUGGAAGCAGGAGGCACCCUCGGGCUGAACCAAGAGGCAGUUGCCAGUUUUGCUGAGUGGAAAACACCCUGGAUUUUGUUACUUGGUGAAGGGUUUGUGUAGACGCAUGGCCAGCAGUCCUGAAACCUCGGUUCCUGAAGUCCCUGGGUUCACCCGCUGGUGACCAGGUCAGCUUGGCUGGAAGAGGAGCCGUAGGGAAGGGGCAGGGCCCGAGGAAAGGAACUUUCUUCCUGCCAGCAUCUCCUUGGGAUGCAGUCACACACCCCUCCUCUCCUCUGCUGAGCCUAGGGCUUCUGAAUGGAAGGGACUCUUGGUCCCAUUCCAGAACAUUCAGGGGACUGAACAAGUCCGAUCUCCUGGGGGAGAGGGGGUGUGAGUUACAGAAAUGCCCUUCUAGAACCUUCAGGGAACAGGAAACCACCCUUGGAACGAGUGCCCAUUGGCACCCCAAGGCUCAAACUGUCUCAAAGUGAGAGACAUUUUUUUUGUAGUGUAAUUAACACUGUUUGUUUUUUUUUAAAUUAUUAUUUUAUUUUCAAUAGAAAAAGGACAUUUCAGUUUUAAAUGAGAAUUACUUCCGAUGAAGUACAUGAUUUUAAAAGUGGAGAAGUAGACGUUAGGGUUUGGGAUUGGAUGGGAGUGUUAUGUUCUAGGCCUCAGGGUGGCCGGAGCAGAAACAAAAAGCUUUUCUCUGCGCACACAAAAGUCCCGAUGAGACAUGCACAGUGUGAGGCGGCCCCAGUGCGUCCGGCUCACUCCGGAGCCAGCUGGAGGCUGUGAUGGGGAGAGAGGCCUGGCUCUCCUUCUGGCCCGCCCUGCGGUAGUGCCUGCCUCCGAGCUGGGUCCCAGCUUCGUCUGAAACAGAACUAUCAGCUGCUCUAUUCCUAUGGCCUAACACCCCAGAGGUUACUCUGACACAUCCGUGUUUCUCAUCGGAGGGAGUCAGCAACAUACCCGAAAUGCCCUGGCACUCAGUAUUUUGGCUAACUGUGAAUUUGGAAGCUGGGGAAAAGGUGUGUGAGAAAAGCGCAUUUGCCAAGAUGAGUUGCUUUGCUUUUAGAUCCUCAUCCUCUGAUUUCCUCCCCCCUGAAGUUACACGGAGCUAGUUUGGGGGCAGAAACGCAGUAGAGAUGGAAGGCAUGUUCCCGAUGUGUGGGUUGUCUGGUAAAAGGAUACAUGUGGGAAUUGUUGAGGUGGAACGAUAACUAUAUUAACCAUGAGUUUACUUUGAAAUGGCACAAAAAUGAAUCUGGCCUUUAGGCGACGUGGCGAUUGCCUAGUUAAUUUGACUUGUGGCCAAUGGAGAAGUGCAAACCAAGCAGCCGCUGUGGGCUGUUCUGGGUGCGAGCACCUGGGUGAGUAGAAACGUGGUCUUUGGGCCUUUGUGCCCCUGAUGGGCCGGGUCAGGGAUGCAGCCUGAGAGCCACACAGUCUGCAGCUGUCCGUGCCCUUCCUGCUGACUCAGGCACCAAGCAUGCUCUGCAGCAGUGGUCAAGCCAGGCUCAGGUGUGAGCAGGGACUAGGUAUGUCCUCUGGAAAAGGGAAGGCCUGUUACGGAGGUGGGAGGAGCAGAUGUGGGCAGAACUAGUGCCAAAGGUGGGACAUUUCAGGGGAGAGAUUUUGGUUCCAUUCAGUCCUGCAACUGCUCUAGAUAUUGGAGAUGUUUAAGCGGAAGCUGGUUGAGAAUCUAUUAGGGACGAUGUAUAAAGAUCACAGGUGAACUUUGAGGUCCUUUUAGCCUGCAGAUCAGCGUCCUGUAUCUAGAGUUAUCCAUUUACAUACAGUGAGAACAGAUGUCUUGGUUUGAAGGGAGUCCAUGGUGCCAUGUUCUCCAUGAUGAAGCUGGGAAUUCCAGAAUCACUUUGAUUCCCAUAUGCAUGGGUUAAGCCAUUUCCAUUUCUUGCUUGAAGAAAAGCUGGGAGGUUAGGGACGUAGAAAUCAGUCAUGGGAUCUUUGUCUUCUCACAGGUACGGAGAGCUGUGGGGCUGGAUAGAUUUCGUUGGCAGGACCAUUGCUGUGCUGGAUAAUCAUUCCCAGAAGUCUUUCAGCCUAGCUAGUCUGAGCCUAGAUGGGUUUUCUCAGGUGAAGGGAAGCAGUGGGCCAAAGAGCAUCAGGUUAAAAGGACGAGUCCUCUUAUUUUACAACUAGGACUAGAGCUCAGGAAGGAAAGCGCACUCGUUCAUAGUCAGGCAGGAAGUCAUAGCUCAGCGGUUGAAACUGGAGUGUUCGGGUUUCUGGACCACAGACGUCCCCCCUGCACCAUCAUCUUAAAAAGCAGUUAUUCAGUAAAUUUGAGUCUGCCUUUGUUGUUGGCAUAUGUCAGCGGGCUAUGGCUUUUUGCUCAGGCGAUUCAUGUUGACAGGUUUGAAAGUCAAGUGUGAAUACAGAUGUCAUACAACAACAACAACAACAACAACACACACACACACACACACACACACACACACACACACCAGAUCACACACACACUAGGUCACAUACACACAUGGGCAUAUUAGGGCAUGUUAAAAUGCCAUGAUUUACAUUUCAGCAAUUUAAGGGGAAGGCAUAUUCCAGGGAUGGAACCUCCCAUGCUCAAGUAACGAUUUGAGCUGGAAAUUUUCCUUUGGCUAAACUCUGCCUCAGGAAGAAUCCAUUAUUCUGGACAUCACAUGAUGUAUCUAUUUGGAGUAAAAAUGGUGCUUACCUUUUUCCCUGGGGUGGAAGAAGGUGUGCGAGGUUGUACUGUGAAGUCAUUAAGCUCUUGGAAGGCUCCUGCCUGAGAGAGCCCAGUAUUAUUGACGUUCCUUUCCUUCCUCAAGGCCUGGUGAGCUGUGUCCCGUUGCUUCGGGAGGGUCCCAGGCAGAGGGGCCAUCAUCCUGGCCUGUACGCCAUACUUGAUUUCUGCAUUGAUUUACAUGUUUGUUUGUGUUUUUACUGUGAUCUCGGUUCCAAAUGCAGAAUUAUCAUCUUGUUCUCACUGAAUGUGCCUUAUCCUUCUAAAUUCUAAUCUACUUACUUGUUCUUAGUAUUGUGUGUGUGAGACUCUAUGUUCAAGAAAGAAGUCAUAAAUAGAGUAAGAACAUGUUAGUGUCCUUGAAGAAAUGCUUUUAUGAUUUCUAAUAAAUAUUUAUUUUGCCUUGUUA